AUGUGGGUUGCCGGAGGAAUUGAUUGUGCAUCUUAUGUUUGCUUGCACUCAUUCUGUUCAGGAGGCCAGAAAACAAAGAAAAAAAUUGAUUUUGGUUGUUCUCUCACAUUCUGGGUGAGUUGGGUUCCGCCUGAUCAAGGGAUGAUUAAGUGCAAUUUUGAUGCAAGGUUUCUUCAUAGUCUUUCUCGUGGAAGUGGGGGUGCUGUGUUUCGUGAUUUUUGGGGAACUAUUCUUCAUGCUGUUGUGUUUCGGCUUUUUUAUGCUUCGUCGACGCUGAUGGCUGAAACGAUUGCAUGCCACUGUGCUAUCCUUUGGGCUUCCCAUUUUCGUUAUGACUGUGUAUGUUUCGAAUCCGAUGCAAAGGGCGUUGUUGAUGCAGUGAAGGAUGUUUCAGUUUGUCCAACAGAGAUUACUUCUUUUCGCUUUGAUAUUCAGAUGGAGCUUCAUUUGUUCUUUGUGGCCUCUUUGCGGCAUGUUCGUCGUUCCGAUAAUAGGGUGGCUCAUGCUUUUGCUAUGUUGUCUGCUGAUCGAGAGUUGGAUCAAUGUUGUCUGCUGAUCGAGAGUUGGAUCCUAUCUCGCCUUCGAUUGUUGAUUGUGCUAGAGUAG